CGGUCGGAAGUGGCUUCCGCAACGGGGCAGCGCUGCUUCCGGGUGGGCGGGGGGCUCCGGCGUCCGGCUGCCGCCGGAAGUGCCCGUGUGUGUAGGGCCCAAGAUGGCGGCGGGGAUGUACCUGGAGCACUACCUGGAUAGUAUUGAGAACCUGCCGUUUGAAUUGCAGAGAAACUUCCAGCUGAUGCGAGAUCUGGAUCAGAGGACGGAAGACCUCAAGUCGGAGAUCGAUAAGUUGGCCACGGAGUAUAUCAGCAAUGCAAGGACUUUGUCUUCAGAGGAAAAACUGGGGCUUCUCAAGCAAAUCCAGGAAGCCUAUGGGAAAUGCAAGGAGUUUGGGGACGACAAGGUUCAGCUGGCUAUGCAGACCUACGAGAUGGUUGAUAAGCACAUCCGGCGGCUGGACACAGACCUCGCUCGCUUUGAAGCAGACCUGAAGGAGAAGCAGAUAGAGUCGAGUGAUUAUGACAGUUCUUCCAGCAAGGGCAAGAAGAAGGGCCGAGCUCAAAAAGAGAAGAAAGCUGCCCGUGCUCGCUCUAAAGGGAAGAACUCUGAUGAGGAGGCACCAAAAACUGCCCAAAAGAAAUUGAAGCUUGUCCGCACUAGCACAGAGUAUGGGAUGCCUUCAGUCACCUUUGGAAAUGUGCACCCUUCGGAUGUAUUGGAUAUGCCUGUGGACCCCAAUGAGCCUACUUACUGCCUCUGCCACCAGGUCUCCUAUGGGGAGAUGAUUGGCUGUGACAACCCAGAUUGUUCCAUUGAAUGGUUUCAUUUUGCCUGUGUGGGUCUAACAACAAAACCAAGAGGAAAAUGGUUCUGCCCUCGCUGUUCCCAGGAGAGGAAGAAGAAGUAAAAUCCCAUGAGCCCUCAGUACUGCUGCAGGUGCUCUCUUCCCCCUGCCAGGGCCUUGCCCCAGCAGCCCCAGCCCUUGGGGCCUUGGCUGAGGGGAGUCUUGCCCUGUUUGUGGUUUGGGCCAUCCCUGGAAUGGUGUGUACCCUCACAGCGGUUCCUGUGUGUUCUGUAUCCCUGGUUGCUUCCGAAUCCCUAAGGGAGGCCCUCUCUGUGUACUAUUCCAAACAGGUCUCAACCUCAAAGGGAAUGAAUGAGGGCACCAGGGUAGCCACCAGAUUCCCAGGGAUUCAGGUAGCCCCUGAUUUUCCUUGGCUUUCCUUCAGCCUCCUCAGAGUUCAUUGCCUACUCUCUGCUUAGAGAACAAGGCUAUGGGAUGGGGGAAGGAAAGGAGGUAAGUCUUCAGCAUUUUAGGUCUUUGAUUUUCCUGGAUCUUUUUCGGGAGAGAGGGAGUAACCAGGCCACUUCUUAAUCUAGUGGGCUGGCUGAGAGACUGAAAACAUAAUGUACUCCCUGUCUUUAACCAUUCCACUACUGGCAUUGAGCAGCCUCUUUUGUUUGGGAGACGAGGAGGAGGGAGGAAUGUUUAGAGCUAGCUUUGUCUCUCUUAUUCCUGGGGUAAACCUGUUGGCCUGGGAAGCACAUUGUGUGAAGGAGGAAGAAUUUCUGACCACAUGGGGAGAAAUGGCUUGAUCACGCCUGUCUUCUGGCUCCAAAAUUCUCCCCUCCUUUUGUGCAGUGAGGCUUCCCCAUUAUGUUGAUGAUGGGAAGUUUGGGGAUUCAGAUCCCACUUGUAUAAUACAGAAUUAAAUAAAGGUCAUUGAAACAAA